AAAAUGUGGGAGGAAAAGAAAAAAAAAAGAUCCAGGGAUCUGAGUCAGCAGCGGGUCUAAAGCAGACUGUUGUCUCCCCCCAACUUCCGUGCAUCGACCUCAGCUCUUUAAAACACAACAUACACGUUAAUGUAGGAUAAUGUCUCUGAAUAUGUUUACAGGACGAUAGAAACCAUCUGUGGAAGAAAAGACGAGCUGCUGGGAGCACAGACGAGAGAAGAAGAGAAGCUAAGAGGACCAUCCUGUGACUCGUUGUUAAGGCUGUUCCAGAAUGUAGGAGCUCCGACUGAAAAAGCCCUGUCCCCUUAAGUUUUCAGUCGGGUCCUUGGAACAGCUAGCAGAGCACUACCAGAGGAUCUCAGACUGUCCAGGUCUCCAUGUCUGUCCGAGUUCCAGCCAUGAGUGUUCUUCCUCCUGUUCGAAGGGACCGUGUCAUUGCUCAGCUCCCUCAGUGUUUUAGGAAAGAGGCAGCCGUGCACACUAAAGAGGAUUUCAACAACAAAGUGAAGACUGCCUGUCAGGAGCAGCGCACAGGCACUGUGGGCAGAUUUAAGAUCUCUAAGGUCAUCGUGGUGGGAGACCUGGCUGUGGGUAAAACUUGUCUGAUUAAUAGGUUUUGCAAAGAUGCUUUCGACAAGAACUACAAGGCCACGAUUGGUGUGGAUUUUGAGAUGGAGAGAUUUGAGGUGCUGGGAGUUCCCUUCAGCCUGCAGCUAUGGGACACUGCAGGCCAGGAGAGGUUCAAGUGCAUUGCUUCUACUUACUACAGAGGAGCUCAGGUUGUGAUCAUCGUGUUCGAUGUGACUGAUGUUGCAUCUUUAGGCCAUGUGAGACAGUGGCUGGAAGACGCCCUGAAAGAGAACGACCCCACCGCUGUUCAGCUGUUCCUUGUUGGCACAAAGAAAGACCUGAGUUCUCCUGCUCAGUAUUCUCAGAUUGAACAAGAUGCUCUCAAAAUAGCACAAGAGAUCACAGCAGAGUAUUGGGCCUUGUCGUCCCUUACAGGAGAAAACGUGAAUGAGUUCUUCUUUAGAGUUGCAUCCCUGGCCUUUGAAACCAACGUUCUGGCUGAGUUGGAAAAAAGUGGGACAAGGCAGAUAGGAGAGGUUGUCAGAAUCAGCAGCACCUCAAACAACCUGCACAAUGCGUCCAAGAAGAAACAGCCGAGCUGCUGUCAGUAAGAAGCUGGAUUUUACAGUCAGAGCUGCAGUCGCAAAAUGAGGUUUCCCUCAGUGGAAAAAGACUGUGGCUGUUCUCUAGCUCAUGGGAGGGAUUUCUGUGGUCAGAGCAGGAGGAGGGAGGCUGGACUUUAACUUCCUGACAUCUUGAGUUCAGUUUCUUCUGGACUAGAGCAAGUUUUCUCUCUGUGGGAUGUGGAUUCUUGUGGUGUUGCUCAGUUUAAUUUGUCCGGAGUCAUAGGGUGACACAACAAUUAUACAGUUUUCUGGUACUUCAGAGAUUCCAAAGGAUGAUGUGUAACAUGCCUGGAAGUUUAUACCUUUCUUAGGGCUUGAAUUGAAUUUUCCUGCUGCUGUAGUUUCAUUGUAAAACAUUUUCUUUUCAAUAAUACUUUGAUACACUUUUAGAUUUUCUGUCUGUUUUUAAGGUACUUGUUCUCAUUUCAGUGUAUUGUGGAUGAGAAGUUUCUUAAUUCAUCUCUUUUAUUUUUUGAACAGAAAUGUAUUUUUUUGGCUCGGCUAUCAAGUUUAGCAUCACACAAUCCCAGCAGAUUAAUUUUAACCCUUUGUUGGAUCCACGAUCACAUGGUUCAAAACCAUUGCUGGACUUGCAAACUUAAAACUGUCUUAGUUGUAUGCUUAACAGGUACUGUCACUCUUUGUUUACAUCCACAUGAGUGACUGAGUUAAGUUUGUUACUUUUAUACCGCAAGUUUUUAAACAAGAGUUUAUUAAAAACAGUUUAAAUUGUAAUCACAGUAUUGUUUGUCACUUGAUGAAGAAGGAGGGUUUGUAUUUCAUUUAAACUUGAUUUAAAUUAUUAAGGGCAUGCCCUCUUUUCAUUAAUAUUAAUAGAGGAUUUAAUAUUGAAAAUACACACAAGAAAAGAAACAAGAAGAGAAGAGAACAGCCAAUAGGGCUUGUAUAACAAUGCUUAGGUUUUACCAGAAAAAAAUAUUCAGAUUAUUAUCAUAGGACAUUUUGUUUCUGAACCAAACAAACUUGUUUUUUUUAUUAUUGUGAAAAGAAGACUUGUAGUCCAGAGAAUAGACAUCAGAACAGUUCUUUAUGAAGAAAAUCACAAUUCCUUUCAGUGUUUGACGGUGAAGCCUUAACCAAAAAUAAAAAAAAUGCUGUAUUAUCAAAGAA